AUGUCGGGAAGCGCGGGAAGUGAGAGCCACCAGCGUGAGCUCGAGCAGGCCACUGGGUUCAUGAUGGAGCAGCGCCGGCUCACAGAGCACACGGCCUACCAGGCUCAGCAGGCCAUGUGGUUUGCAGCGCGCCACAAGCGUGGACCGCCCAGCACGGUGGAGAGCUCCAUGGCUACACCGCAGCAAGACACGGAGAUGGAGGAACCCCAAGCUGGCGUGGAUAUCAACAGCGAGAGCGAUGUGCAAGCCUACCUGGCUACACCGCUCACCACCAGAACACAGGUGCUGGACAAUAUGAACUGGCUCGCCACAGAGUGCAGGCUCUUCCAGAUCAACUGGAUGCUGGGCCAAGUGGAAUCUAUCAGGCAGUUCCUUACCCAGCGCAGCUACAACGCCUCAGACUCCUGCACCUACUGGUACUUGGGAGCUCUUCAACUGGAGCCGAGUACACCGCCUGCAGGGGACAGCCGUUGGUCGACCGUGACCAUUCUGCAGUUCAAGUCGUGGGACUUGCGGCGCUCUUUCAUGGAGUGCUAUGGUGGAGGUAAUGGUACACCGCUGUACCGUGAAGACAACCAGCCAGUGCCCAACCACCAUAUCCGCUGCACCCCCUCCUCACCGCAAUUUCAACGAAAACUUGAAGUUCCUUUGAGGGUGGUGCUUGCGCUCUACAACAAGCACUGCGAGAUGACGGCUACACCGCCUGGCCAGAUCGUCAUAUUGUGGCGCACACUUACUGUGAUGAAGCCAUCGGACAGGCGCGACUUCAACGAGCAGGCCGAGGCGUGGGCGAGAGUCUGCUACGAAAACGAAGGCUCCGUCCAAGGCAUCCUGGAAGUGGCCCCGGACCUCUAUGCCAUGCUGAAGGCUACACCGCCUUUCGGAGCAGAGGAGAAUACACUCUGGGACCACAUCUGGAACAAGACGGUAUUUGGAGUGCAGAAUGAGAUCGACGCUGUUGAGAGCCAGAUUUUUAAGCAAGCUCAGGCCUCCGCCAAAGGCGGCGGCAAAGGGCUACACCUCGGAAAGGGCAAAGCCCUCUGGUCCUCGCCGUUUAUCCACAGCAGCACCGCUUUUAUCCCAUUCCCGGUCCCUCUUGCGGUGAAUGAGGUUUCAGCUGUGGCAUAUUCGUGGGAUGAGUAUUGCGACAAACUUCGCGAUCCAUCCAAAAAGGUGGGCAACUAUGCCUUGGGUACAUAUGCAGGUGAGGAGAAAGCUCGCAAACGGAACUUUCCAAACUCUCAGAAGGUAGGCGACUUCGCUCACCUUGUCGGCGCGUGCGCCCGCAGGACCAGGACUGCAGGGAGCAGCGCAGACCAGACAGCGGCGGCCUGGAGGAAAGGCAUUUUCAGCACCUUGAACAAAACACUGACUGCAUCUGGCAAAAAACUCCUGCCUCUCAUUCGACAUACUGUGUAUGUGCUGCGAUCUGUGCCCACGUUGUUGCUUUUUCACAAGAUCAGCAGUUUGCUGUUCGCUGCUUUGGAAGUGCAGGAGCCGUCUGAAAAGAAGGCUGUUGCUGCGAUGCAGAAGCACUACUUCACCAAAUUGGGCCGUGCUCAGGCUCCGGCAGAUCUGGAUUUUUCAGGCGCCUUCAUGUGGUGCGCGGAUUGGUGGACCGGCCUCCAGCGAAGCCAGCCAGGCUCGGCCUCGGGCACACAAGCGCAAGAGUCUUGGCGCAGACACAAGCUGAAGAAGGCCAUGGGAAAGCUGCGCAACUCCUUGGACACUGUAGUGCAGAAGCUGAACAACUUCACACAAGUGCGUCUGGAACAGCUGCAGGCCAAGGCUGCGCCGCUUCCGGAUGUGCCGCAGGAACCUUUCCCCGAUCGUUUCGUUCUGUGGGAUUCUACUGCGCUUACUGCGGAAGGGCGCUCGUCGGCUUCCCAGUAUCACCGAUGUCGCGCUUUUGACGUCUACUCAAGCGGCAACACGACCUGCUUCGCCAUGAAGCGCACCCUCGCUUCCUACAGCCCAGAUGCAGGUGCUUGGUCCCGGACCCCGGAUGAGGACGUGGAACCCGUCCCUGCCGGUACGGCCAAAGCGCUUCUGGCCAUUCUUGAAGCAAAGUCGCCGGCCUCCUUAGAUGAUGCUUUGAAGCACAUGUGCGAAAACACCCUUGAUUUGCAAGCUCUCGUUAAGUCUGUUGCAAAGUAUGUCGUGGUCGUCGUCGGACCUGCCGCUGCUCGCUGGUGGCAAAGAGGCCACAGUCAUGAUGCGGAAGGUGAGAAUCCAUACCUAAAUGUGGCCUGUGCGUUCUGCAACAUCUUUUGCCUGCACGGCUCUUGCGAGCAUGCGCACCUCGCCCUCACAGAAUUGAAGCAUGUCUCCUUGACGCAAGCAAAGCUACCGUCUCGAAGAGAAGCCCGCGAGCCUACCGAGCACCUGGCAGAAGUUGACAUGAUCUUGCCAGGUCCGGAAGCCUUGCCCUGUGGCGUCGGUGUUUCGGCGCCAGCUGGCAUUCUGCCUCGCUCCAGCGUGUCCAAGCCGGAUCCUUCCAUGAAAGCCCUCCUGAGUCGGUGCGGCGCCGGCAGCUUCCUGGCCUUGUUCACAGCUGAGCAAAUCGGUUUGCCAGACCUCGUCACCCUGGACUUUCCUGGCUUGCGUGCAAUUUUCCCCAAUGUGCCUGCCGGGGUUUUGCUGCGAGUUCAUCAAGCGGCGGCCAAAGCCUGA